GCCAAAGCUGGCCCUGGUGGCCAUCCUCGUGUCACCUCACCUGGCCAGGGCCUCUGCCCUUAUCUCCUGGUGCCAGCAUCGUCCACUUCUGCUGACCACACCCCCAGGAAGCACUUGUGUGUGUGUGUGUGUGUGUGUGUGUUGCAACUGCCAAAACAGCACAGCUGGUUAUUUUUGCAAAACAGAAAAAUAAACGUAGCAGGAGGAUUCAGUGGAAGCCUGGAGCUUGGCUGCUCCCAGGGACUGCCCCCCCGCCUCUGGCAAAUGCAAGACUCUCCUGGAAUCACCAGAUUUCCUGGAAGCUGGCCGCGGAUCACCACUAGCUCCUGACAGUGCUCCUCUCCCACCUGGGCCAGGCGGGCACCUCAGAGCCCUCUGUGCCCAGGGCCAUGGCAAAGGCAGGCAGUGGGGGUGUCUUCCUGCACAGCUGCGCCGUCUCCCUCCUCGCCCUGCAGCUCCUGCCAGCUGGGGAAGGGAAAGCCGAUUUCAAGGUCCUUGGGCCAGACGGCCCCAUCCUGGCCACCGUGGGGGAAGACGCAUUGCUGCCCUGCAGACUGUCCCUCAACCUCAGCGCGGAGGACAUGGAGCUGAGGUGGUACAGAAGCCGGCCCUCGCCCGCUGUGUACCUGCACAGGCGCGGAGCACAGGUGUCCAGAGAGCAGAUGGCAGAGUACCGGGGGAGGACGACUUUCCUGGGCGACCACCUGGCCAGGGGCGAAGCUGUGCUGGGGAUUCACAACGUCACUGUGUAUGACAACGGGACCUACCCCUGCCUCUUCAGGGACGGGGAGCCUCACAGCGAGACCACCCUGGCGCUGCAGGUGGCAGGUGAGGGCUGCCUCAGCCUCCGCCUCCCUGGGAGCGCCUCUCCCAAGUUCCCGGUCCCAGCUCCAGGCUUGGGCUACCAUCCACAGUGCGCAGUGUGGGAGCGUCCCCACGUCCUCACAUCCCCACCUGCCCACGCUGUGUCCCAGGAGGUGCAGCCUGCCUUCCCACCAUUACUGGGAAAGGCAGAAGGCAGGGAGCCAGGGAAGGAGAGGACCAGCUGGGGAGAGGGAGGGGAGACAGAGUGCAGAGGGGAAGGGGAGACAGGAAGGGAGACAGGGACAGGCCAGGGCGGGCAGAGGAGCUGGGGACGUGGAGGGGGCAUUCUGCUCUGCAGUCAGCCCUGCCUGGGCUCCUUCCUGUUCCCCACCCUUCCCGACUUGCAACACGGGAAACUCCCGCUGACUCUCCAAGACUCUUUUCUGCUCUGUUGGCUGGGCUUGGAGCCCAGAAUCCAUGUGACCGAGGACCUGGACAAGGGCAUCCGAGCCGAGUGCACCUCAGCAGGCUAG